AUGGCUCCCCUCGCUGUCCUGGGUCCCGGGGCCGCGCCCUUUCCGGGACCUCGAAGGGGUCGGGGCACUCUGUCCCCGCUGUCCGACGGCGCUCAUUGGCUUUUUUCUCCCUUCCCAGGAUCUCAUAGAUCAGAAUAUACUGGAACCUAUAACAGGUGCACAGAGGGUGUGGAUUACACCAAUGCUUCCAACAAUUUGUUUUCUUGCCUCCCAUGUAGAGUUUGUAUAUCAGGUACAGAAUGUGUGAACCCUUUGCCCAGAGGUGGAGUGCAGGGCAAUGAGAUGGGAGUUGUAGCGAUAAGUGCGCAUGCUCAGACCCUUCCCCAGCCCCAACCAGGGAGCAUGGGUGGACCCUGCAGACACGAGGAGCCCGUCCUUCUCCUGACGCCUUCUCGGGGUCAUUGCAGAGGGAGGGUGGCUCCUCUUUCAUACUACCUGGCCAGCUUUCCCUCAAGAGUCCCCCCUCCCUCCCUGUGUGUACCCAGGUGCCCCAGUGGGAAAGUCCUGGUCAGUAAUUGUAUGUCCUGGAGUGAUAUCGGGUGUGUUGAAGAAUCUGGUGCCAACGCCACUGUGAAAACCCCAGCUGCUGAAGAGACAGUGACCACCAGCUCGGGGACUCCUGCCUCUUGCGAUUACCUGCUAUGCAUCAUCAUGCAGAACUAAGGGCCAUAGUUCUAGUCACGGUUGUGGCUGUGUUUAUCUGGAAGACUUCACUGUAGAAGAAA